CGAAUAAAAAAAUUGAGGAAGCAAAUCGAAAAAAAGAAAUAACAGCUCAAAGAAAGGAAAAAAGGGCACGACAAAAAGAAGAAAGGGAACGACAAAAGGAAGAAAGGGCACGACAAAAGGAAGAAAGAGCACGACAAAAGGAAGAAAUGGAACGACAAAAGGAAAUCACUGCUCUCACCUGA